UAAAUUCGUCAAUUGACUUCUCCCUUCUUCCACUCCAAACACAGCUAACUUAACUCAAUAAGAUCUCAAUAAGAAGUUAUGCUUCUACAUUGACGAAAAUGGGAUCAUUUCUUUCCAAGAAUGAGUUCCCCGUCGACGGACGCACCGUCCUCAUUACUGGAGGCUCAACAGGGCUGGGACUCAAUGCAGGCCGGCAACUGGCUGAAAAGGGAGCCAACGUCAUCAUCGUUGCGCGUAAACUCGGUAGCUUAGAAGAAGGCGUUCGCUACAUAUCGCGAGGCGCUCGCUCACCCGAGACACAACGAUUUCACUACAUCGUGGCCGAUGUUACUACAGCGACUGAAUGUGCUCGUGUGGUAUCCGAGGUCAUCUCAUGGAACAAUGGCGCCGCACCAGAUAUUGUUUGGUGUUGCAGCGGCAGUGCGCAUCCGACUUUAUACAUCGACACACCGGUUGAGCAGUUCCAGACUAUGAUGGACAGCAACUACUUCUCAUGCGUGUACAUGGCACACGCAAUACUCAAUGUUUGGCUACGAUCAGCAGCAGACGCGAAAGCUGCUAUUAAGGAGACGAGUGACCAACCGAAGAAAGCGAAACCGACUUCGUUACCGGCGCGUCAUCUCAUCUUCACCGGAUCUUUCGUGUCAUUUUAUAGCUUCGCCGGUUUUACGCCGUAUAGCCCCUCGAAGGCGGCUGUCCGGGCCCUCUCCGACUCGCUCUCCCAGGAGAUGAACCUCUACGCCGCGGCGCAUCCAGACCUGCCCCGCGUCCGCCUGCACACCGUCUUCCCCGCCACCAUGCCGACGCAGUCGCUAGAGGAUGAGAAUCGCGUCAAAACUGACUUAACGAAAUCUUUGGAGGAAGGCGACCAGAUUUUGAAGCCGGAGGAGUGCGCCCGGAGGGCAAUUGCCGGUCUGGAAAGUGGAGAGGAGCUGGUACCGACCAGUACCAUUAUCUGGGCCGUGAUGACCAGCGUCAUGGGAGGUAGCGUGCGAGGAGGCUUCUGGAAGGGAUUGGCGGGUACGCUGGCAGGAUGGAUCACGUCCAUAGUGAUGAUUUUUGUUCGGUGGGAGAUGGAUACCAAAGUAAGGAAAUGGGGGGCAGUGCACGGAUCAAGCGGGAUGCUGAAAAAGGAGUAACCGGAACCUAGGAGUUACGCAAGAGGGUUAAACCGCAGGAACUCCAGCUGUUCCUAAAGUGGACGGGACGAGAGACGGGAGAGGGGAUGAUUCUAUUUAAAGUAGAGGAAGGCAAUCACAUUCACCGAUUUCGAGUAUUCAAGAUUCACUGGGAAAAUGGACAUCGCCUUCGUUGGUCGCAACGUACCCUUCUUCACUCGCAAGAUUUCUGUACUAGCUCAGCUUAGUGGAUCGUGGAGCGAUUAUUCUGAACACGCAUACGAAAAAGCCCGAGUAUCAAGAUGGUAAUAGUCAUUGGUACUAAUAUCAAGAACUGCCAAUAUUUCGCGUUUCUACAAUUCCGUAUAUAUCAUUGCAUGGAUACUAGGUCAUUAUGGGAAUAUACCAUAAAAAAGAGACUUAAGAUGUGAAUUUCCCUAAA